UGGCCGAGGAUGACUGUAAAGCAGUUGAAAAGCUUUCCAUGAAAUAAAAAUAAAUAGUGCUGGAACUAAAAGAAGUUUUAUUCAAACACGGAUUCUCUAUUAUGGAGUUCCAUAGCUUGGACUGUACUACUUUAGACAAAAAAUAAUGGAUAUAACUUUCAAAAUUGGGUAACAAGUUCAUCCCUAAAAACUAAUUGAUACAUUCUGAAGAUAUUUAAGUUUCCCUUCAGAAUUCAAUUAUUCCAAAUGAUCACGUGACUGAUUUUUGUGGUUUUAAAAAAAAGUUAGGUUUAAAAACACCAACACUAAGUUAAGUUUUCAUAUUUUAUUACAUUUUAUUCAAUUAACAUUUCAAGUUAUGAAGGAAAACUCCAAUGUCUCCAAAGAGAGAUUUUUUUUUUUUUAAUUUUAACAAUUCAAACCCAGGACCUUUACCUUACAGUGAUCAGCACGAUUCAAUGCCCAAACCGUUGCGCCCACCGUCGCCCUAAAAUUCAUCUUUAACAAUUAAUUUAUUAACUUGAUAACUCCUAUUUAGUUUGUAACUGAUUGUUGAGGUAUUAAAAACAAAAAAUAAAUAAAUUUUUUUUGUAUUUUAUUCAAUUAAAUUUUCAAGUUCUGAAGGAAACCUCCAAUAUCUUCAGAAUAAAUCGACGACUUUUGAAGUUUCUAGUAUUAUUUAACUUUUUUUUUAAAACAGAACGGAAAGGACUUUCACAAUUUUAGGGAAAAAAAUAAGGCAAAAGUUCAUCAUGGCAGCUUAAUGCACCAACUUAUUAAAAUUCUAAUAGUGCCAGCUUCUAUGGAAAAAAUUACCUUUGGAACCAUACGUCGUUUUACAAUAAAAUAGACGGAGUAAAAAUAAAAAGCCGUCUUCUAUCAAAAUUCCCACGGUAUAGUUUUUUUAAUAAGGAUUUUUUCUACCAAGGUUUUCAUUCAAAACAUGUCUAUAAUAAGUAUGUAGUUGUGCCAUUGUGAGUCAUACUGCUAAGCUUAAGUAAGUACUAUAAUACUAUAUAAGUACUAAGUUAAAUAAAUACACAGUGCACAAACAUGAUGUUCUAUGCUGUACACACAUUAACAUAUGGCUUUUAGUUAGAAUCUGUUUUUAGUAAUUAUAAACAACAUUUAAUACUUUUUUAAGGUUUUAGGUUGUUUAAUACAUAAUUACGAAAAAAAUUAUUUAAAAAAAUUACAAAAUGCCUAUAUAUGAAAAAAGAAGUGCAUGUUGGACUAGAAUGGCCCAGGCGUAUGUGAUAAUGGGAGAAAAAAACGAAGCCUGCCAACUUCUUGUGCAUGCAUCUGAAAUUGAGCCGCUUCUUUGGGAAAUAUGGCGAGAUUUGGCGUUGUUAAGCGUAGACUGCAAGAAUUAUGACAAGACUAUCCAAUCCUACCUCAGGAUACUGGAAAUCGGUGAGAAUUAUCUCAAUGUAGAUCUUCUCGAUAAAAUCGCCUAUGGUAUCUCAGGAGAAAACGCUGUGUCCCCGUCUUCUGAAAUGAGGAGUAAAUUAAUGGAGCUUUUUACAAAAUUGAUCCAACGAUUCCCCAACUAUCCGCCACUUUGGUGCGCUUACGGCUUAACGAUUGCAUCCGUAGAGAAUCCGUCCAAAAAGAUUCGGGAAGAUGCAAUAACUGCGUUACAGAACUCACUGAAAAUACUCAUUGACGACAAAUACUGGUACCUUAAGGUUAAUAAAAUAGGACACAUCAUAGACAGCGCUUAUCAUAUAAUAAGAGCAUUCAUUGCCGUCAGUGACAAAUUUUAUGGAACACCGGAAUCUACGAAGUUACUUGAAAAUGCCAGAGCUGUGACAAAUAAUCUGACCAGCAAGUUAGAAGAAGCACAGCUAGACAUAAUAUCUGGCCUUGUUAUUUCACGAUUCUCCCAUACUUACAAUUCCUUAAAAACACUUUUGGUAACAAUUGAUAAGAAAUUAUUUUACAAAGAUUUUUAUAAAGUUGACUCAACGAGUGUUUAAACCAAAUUUGUAACAGUUAAUAAAAACAUGUGAUAUAGUUUUUUAAGCAAUUUAUUUUUAUUAAAGUGUUGUAGUGCUGUAA